AUGGGACUUAUAGAAUGCUGCUUCGGUUGCUUCACAAUUUUUGGGUGCAGAUCUCGCAUGGUAAGAUUUUUUUCUUUUUUUCCUCCAAAGCCUGCAAGCUAUGAAAUUAUUACUGUUAAUGAUGAGCCUAUGAUAUUUCUUAACAAGCAAACUGAUAAUUUAAUUGACCUACCCUGACUAAAAUUCUCAGUCGCAUUUCUAGACACUGAAGAGAACGAAACUAUUCCAAUGCUUUAUAUAAAGCACGAAACUGCCUAUUAUACCGUAAUUUUUAGUCAUGGAAAUUCUGCAGAUAUUGGGAUCAUGCGAAAUUAUUUAUACCUGCAUAAUUAAAAUUGAUAUGGCAAAUUAUAAUCUCAAAAAGAUCAUAAUGCAAUUAAAUAGGUAUAAUAGAAUUCUCAACACAAUUAAACGUUAGUGUAAUUGUCUAUGAAUACACAGGGUACGGUCAAAGUACUGGUAAACCAUCAGAAAAAUCAUUAUAUGCUGAUAUAAGAGCUGCCUACAAUCACACUAUUAAUAACCUAGAAAUUCCAUGGGACCGGAUUAUCCUUUAUGGUCACUCAAUAGGAUCAGGCCCCACUUGUGAUUUAGCUUCAGAAUUUUCUGUAGGUGGAAUUGUGCUUCAAAGCCCUAUCGCCUCAGGCUUGCGUAUUUUUUCCAAAAAACUAAAAAAAAGCUCAAAAUAUGACCUAUUCAAUAACAUUGAUAAAACACCAUUUAUAAGGUGUCCUGUCUUUAUUAUUCAUGGCACUCUUGACAAAGAAGUCCCAAUCAGACAUGGCCAAUGGCUCCAUUCAAAGCUUAAUUUAGCAUACCCUCCUUAUUGGGUGCCUGGAGCUGGGCACAAUAACAUCGAAAUCCUCCACAAGCAAGAAUUUUUCAGUGCCCUACGAAAAUUUAUUACAGAUUUAAAUAAAUUCCAUAAAAGCGAAAAUUCAAAUAAUUAUGACAGCCUAAAGCCUCUAAGCCCAAAAUCCAACCGUCAAGAAGCCUCUAAAGUCGCUUAUUGGCCUACAAACUCAGAAGUAACAGAGCCUCAAAAAGAUAACACAAAUAUAAAUUAA